GACUCCCUGCAGCCCCAGAUGACCAUCCAUCCCGUCGGUUACUCCGGCAUGCCCAUGCACAUGUAUCCCUUCCCGCCCGGCCUCGUUCCUGCCCAGCCUCUUCGUUCAAAGCGCAGGCAGGUCAAGAACGCCUGCACAAACUGCCAGAAGGCCUGCAAAAAGUGUGACGACGCCCGUCCCUGUCUCAGAUGUGUCAAGUACGGCAUCGCAGAGGAGUGCGUCGACUCUCAGAGAAAGGAACGGAAGAAGGGUAUCAAGAGAGGUCCCUACAAGAAGCGCGAUGGAAAAGGCAACAACGUCGAACAACUCGACGUGCCUAUACAGCAGGGCAUUCCUCUUCCACAGGGGGUCCCUCCUCCCUCUGCCUCCCCCCCGAUGGCGCCCUACAUGAACCCGGUGGGUUAUCCUCCCGGCUUCUACCCCCAGUUCCAGGCCCCUCCCACCCCCAAACCGGGCGAUGGCACCCCCUUCUACCCCCAGUUCUACAUCGCUCCCAUGCAAAUGGCGAGUCAUCCCGGCCAGGAGGGUCACGACAACCAGGGAUACCCCCAUCCCCAGUUCUACCCCGCCACCUUUCUUCCCUACGCGCAGCCCUACCCGCCCUACAUGAUGUCUCAUCGUCCUGAUGGGCAGAUGUCCGUCCCUCCCCCCCACUAUGCGACGUACCCGCCCCCGAUGUACGCCAAGCCGCCUUCCGCCGGUGGUUCGAGUGAUAGUGGAAAUGGGUAUAGAGCUGACGGAAGGCAUGGCGAACACGGCGAGGACAAGUAGAAAAAUGCGCGUGUUUCAAUUUUUUUUUUUCAAUUCAUUCUUUACAAGUUCCAAUUGUGAUCCCUGGAACCCUAUGCUCUCUCCUGUACAUGUAUUAGUGCUAUC